AGUCCCUCUCCCCAUCCCUCGCCCUCACUUCCACGCCUUCCCUUCCAGACUGCUCCAAGGAUAAAGGAUGGCUGUUUGAUCGCACAUACAUACACACAUACACGCAUACACACGUACACAGAUACACGCAUACUUUACAGACGCCCUGAUACACACACCACACACAGGCACAUCCCUCUGUCGCUGCUCUCCUCCCCGACUCUUCCUCCCCUCCCACUUGCUGGUCCCACCACCACGUUCUGAUUCACUUGAUCCCAAAACCCAUUGCCCAUCAUGAAGUUUGGAAAGCAGAUCCAGUUCCAGCAGAUCACAGAAUGGCAGAACCAUUACAUGAGCUACAAGGGUCUGAAAAAGAUCAUCAACUCGCUUAUUCAGGAAAAGGCACAGACCUCAGUCACGAUCGCAGCCUCACCUCCACCGGGAUCUACACCCGUCCUUCCUGAGGAUGAGUACUCAAAGUUCUUGCAAUCCCAGAAGGCGGCCUUCUUCUUCAAACUGGAGCGUGAGCUGGAGAAGGUCAACACAUUCUAUCUGCAAAAGGAAUCAGAACUCAAGGUCCGUCUGCGCUCGCUGAUCGACAAGGAAAAGGUGAUUCUAUCGCGUCAGGGACGGCCAGGCACCAGUUCGUCAAUCAAUUCUCUGAAGGAAGCCUUUCGGCAGUUUGAACAGGACCUCAACAAACUACAGAAAUUCGUCGAGACAAACGGAACAGGAUUUCGAAAGAUUCUCAAAAAGUGGGACAAGCGGUCAAAAUCAAGCACAAAGGAGCUUUACCUCUCUCGCCAGGUAGAGCUGCAGCCCUGUUUCAACCAGGAUGCCAUGGUCGAAUUGGCCGACAAUGCAGCGUAUCACCUCCUCCAGCUUGAAAAUAUCCAGCAGGGCAACAGUCGGUCCUCCUCCGCUCCCUCCAGCCCAAUCACAACCAAGCCCUCGCAGUCUUCUUCCGUCGGUGCGCUCUCUUCGCCAAUGCAGCAACAGAUGGAUGAACUCGAGACCGAUCUCUUCAACGCCCUCACCACCAACCAAUCAUCGCUUGUCCAGGAAAUAUUGGAACGCCGCCUUAGUACGCCCUCUGCCCUCCAGAACAACUCGGCCUCAGUAGAGUCCUCUGCUAUCACCAAUGCGAGCAACAACAAUCAACUCGGACCGGAAAAUGCGCGCGAGGUUGUCUCUCGGGUGUUCUGGCGAUGCUGUUCAGAAGUAGGUGCCUCGGACACUGUCAUUCAGCAGCUAGUCAAGACCGGACUGAUCAACUUCAAAUUCGUGGACGACAUCAGUGACAGGACUUGUCUUCAUGAAGCUGCCAUGGUUGGCAGGCUCUCGUUGCUCAAGUUGGCGUUAGAUCACGGCGUCAGCCCUGAGUGCGCGGACGUCUAUGGGAGGCGCCCUCUACACUACGUUUCCAUGUAUGGUCACGCAGAUUGUGCAACCUACCUACUUUCAAUGAACGCGUCUAUGAGUGCGACGGAUCACGACGGCUUCAGACCUCUGAUCUACUCCAUCAUGAACGGGCAUACAAAGUGCGUCGAAAUAUUCCUCGCCAAUAAUGCCGAGAUCGAGGCUAGUCAGGAUGGCGAUCCAAUCCCUCUCAGCCUCGCUUGCCACUACGGUCAUGAAGACAUUGCUAUGAUGCUUAUCGGACGUGGAGCGAACGUGAUUGCGUCCAAUGCCGAUGGCCUGGAGCCCCUGCAUAUCACCUGCCGAGAGGGACAUACUCGCUUGGCCAAGACAUUGACAACCCGCGGUGCGCGACUGGACCAGGAGGACAAGUAUAUGUGCUGGACGCCUUUGUUCUACGCUGCGAGCGAGGGACAUGCGGAUUGUGUGAAGAUCUUAUUGGAAGCUGGAUGCAAUGUCAACGUCGUGGACGAGCUUGGCAAGACACCUAUCUACUAUGCUGCCAGCGAGGGACAUGCAGAUUGCGUGGAGCUGCUGAUAGAAGCUGGAGGCAAGGUCGAGGGUAAGACGGCCCCUACCGAGGACACUGCGAUGGACGCCCCAGCACCCUUGACGACAACCAGCAUGAUGGCGGCGACAUCCACUCCUGCGACUGAAUCUGCUCUCGGCGCAGCCUCCGGAUCCUUGUCCAGCCCUAAUAUGGACGAUCUUGACAUGGACUUUAUCCCAUCACUUUCGCUGCCUCCGCCCAUCAUCCCAUUCAGGAUCUAUGGACACAACUAUCUGGACAAGAAGUACCAGAUCAAUCUUACGCUGGGUCAUCCCAACUACCCAGAUCAUGCUUCGCCAGAUAAGGCUGGAGCACGUCAGGCACCGGUUCAUUUGUACGGCACAGCUCAGAUUUCGUCUCUGAAACUCAUUAUCUCAUCGCGCCCCGACAACGGAAUGAUUCCCCAUAAUGUCAUUCUCCCCCUGGGCGACGACAGAGAGGUGUUUGGAUUCCAGGUUGAUUCACUGGAGCACUUUACAGUGGAAUUCGAUAUCUUCCCCACAUUUGGAUCCAAGGCGAUUGGUCGUGCGGUUGCGUUGCCAAGUGUUUUCUCGUCUUUGGAAUCGUCCAUGGGCAAGGGAGUGCUGCCCUUGUUUGAUGCACAUUUGAAGGUCGUUGGAGAGCUGGCUUUCGAAUAUUCGGUUAUCAGGCCGUUCCAGGGAGUGCGGCUGGAGGUCGGUGGUCGUGUGGAGACUUACUGGAAAUCGACCAACAGUAUCGACUCGAGCAUCUCUGCGGCCACGACACCAGUGGUGGGCACGCCUUCGUCGUUGCUGGUUGGCAAUAUGAUUCCGUCGUUUAUCACGGCCUCUUCACUUUCAGGAGAAUACAUCCAGCUGUCGAUCCAGAUGACUCGGGAUUGGGUUCCGGUUGUGUUUGCGAGCUGGUAUCUGCCUGUAGAGGGAUUCGACUUGGCGGUCUCGGAUGUUACAUUCAGUCAGUUCAAGAAGUUUGGCGAGUUGAUCCAUCAGAGGGCUGCUUCUAACGAGGACUUUGAGGCCGCAACAACUCGCAUGGCCAACAGCUGGAGAAGUGGCGAGUGGAGGCGCAAGAUUUAUGAGCGUUGGAUGAGUCUGGAGCAAGUCUUGAAGAUCCUGCCAAAGCACAUUGGAGUUAAUUUGGAGCUGAAAUACCCUACCCUGUCUGAGAGGACGCACUACAGACUGACGAACUGUGUGGAGGUGAACAAGUUUGUGGACACGAUCCUGCAGUCGGUCUACGACUCCUCCUCAGUGACUCAUCACCGCAGCUUCAUGUUCUCGUCGUUUAAUCCAGUCAUUUGCUCCGCCAUGAACUGGAAACAGCCUAAUUAUGCUGUGUUCUUCAGCACGAACUGUGGUUAUAACAAGAACAGGAAAAGACCCACGCGUGCGAUCGAGGAAAACCUGCAGGGACUGAAGCGCAAGGAACCCAUCGACCCAGAAUCGCUUCCCUCACCCAAGCAUGGAUCGGCCGCGCCAUUGUUGCCCAGCAUUGCCUCUGCAGUGGGCGCAUCACCUAGCUCUACAUCCUCAUCUGUGAGCAAGGUUGACUCACCUUUGCUCCCAAGAUCUACAACCCCUGCAGCAAUCCCUACCGCCUCUACCAGUGAUACAGAGUUUCAUGAGGACGAUAAGAGAUGCACAUCGAUCAAGGAGGCUGUCAAAUUCGCAAGGAGUAAUAACCUGCUGGGUGUCAUUUGUGAGGCUACGCCUUUGAUUCAAGUUCCAAGUCUUAUUACUCAUAUCAAGGAAUCUGGACUGAUCCUCUCGAGUUUCGGCCCAGGAAAUAAGGACCCGGCGCUGGUCCAAAUUCAGAAGAACCAUGGUGUGGAUGCAUUUAUGAUCAUGGAGGGUAGCCAUUUAGAGGCCAACACCUCAACCUCGACACCUGCGUCGUCUUGGCCGCCAACGACCUCCUCCAGUACUGGAUUAGGGUUAGGAUUGGAAUUGGGAUUGGGCAUGGGUUCUUCGAGGACUUUGGUUGGAACUGGAGUUGCUGCUGCUGCUGCUGGAUCGGCAUUGUACAUAGGAUCGAGUAUACCCGAUGUGGAGGAGGGUGUGCUGAGGUAUCAGAAUGGGGUGGAUUCGGGGCCAUUUAGCAUCUAAAAACAAAACAAAAAACUAACUAACUAAACUAACUAACUACUAG